AUGACCGUUGUGUUUAAUCUGGAAGAGCUUGCUAAUAUUAAACGAGAGUGUGGAGGAACAGUGGGGGCAAUUGUCACUUGCCCAUUGGAAGUGAUUAAGACUCGGCUCCAGUCCUCGGGCUUAACACUUCGUCCGGUCUACAUUCCACAGGUGAACCUUAACACAAUCAAUGGACCAGGUGUUGUUCGACCGGCACGUGUAGCCCCUGGACUGUUCCAAGUUCUAAAAUCUAUCCUCGAAAAGGAGGGACCAAGAUCACUUUUCAGAGGAUUAGGACCUAACUUGAUAGGUGUUGCUCCAUCCAGAGCAAUCUACUUUGCUGCUUACUCCAAAGCUAAGGAGAAGUGUAAUGCGAUCUUCGUGCCACACUCUAAUGUUGUUAAUAUGUGUUCUGCUGGUUUUGCAAGCUUCAUUACAAACACAUUGAUGAACCCAAUUUGGUUGGUCAAAACAAGGAUGCAGCUGGAAAGCAGGAAGCGAGGUGAGAAAGCAACAAAUGCUUUCCAGUGUGCAAAAUACGUUUAUCAAACUGAAGGAUUCAAAGGUUUUUAUAGAGGUUUGACUGCCUCGUAUGCUGGGAUCUCCGAGACUGUGAUUCAUUUUGUUAUUUAUGAAGCAUUGAAGAAACAUUUAGAGGAAUGGAGAUUCACUGUGAGGGAAAAUGACAAGAACGCUUCGGACUUCCUAGGAUUGAUGAUGGCAGCUGGCUUUUCUAAGACUUGCGCAUCUUGUACUGCUUACCCUCAUGAGGUAAUAAGGACACGAUUACGGGAGGAAGGCACAAAGUACAAAUCAUUUUUGCAAACUGCACGUCUAGUGGCAAUAGAGGAAGGUUAUUUUGCUUUUUAUAGAGGACUACAAGCUCAGCUGAUACGCCAGAUUCCAAACACUGCAAUAAUGAUGACUACGUACGAGCUGAUUGUUCAUGUUUUGGGAUAGUGUUGGAAAUAAAAGGACACUCAGCAAUCAAUGGAUUCUGUUUUGUUGCACUGCAGUAUCAUAAAGAGCCACAAACUAAAGAAAAACAAGGGAAGUCACUGACCAGAUUAGAGACUGUUCAAGUCAAGUACAGAGGUGAGAUGUUCUCUCUGGAUUUGAGCCAAGUGGGCACUCUGGGUGCUAGAACUGGCGUUAAGUUCCCUUGAUGAACCAGGAAUAAACUAGCAAGGAUUCCUGUUGCUGAUUGCUGUCUGGUGAUUUCUACACAGUGUACUAAAGGGCAUUCAACGAUACCAAAACCAUGAUGUCCUCUGUGGAUUGCUGCCACUAGAACAGACUCUCAUAUUGGAACACUUGGGGAAGUUUCUAGUUGGCAGGCACCGCCUGCAACUUUGUACCAAAGUAAGAGUGAUCACUGACAGAAAACUGGCAAAACAAAAGAAACACACUUUCUCUGAAGCUAAUCUGUGCAGUGAUAUCUAGGUAUUGGUCUCUAGGCAUCACUAUUUAUUUUUAUGAAGUGAAGUUGCAAAUUUCAUUGUGAUCCCAUUUUUCUCAUGGAAUGCAUAGGAUUUUUCUUUUGGCCUUCUGAAAAUCUUCAGAAGCUGUUUGAAGGGAAUGUGUAUAUUUUGCAAUGUGUGUGGUUUUUGUUGUGUUUAACUAAUGUGUUUGUACUGAAUGCAGUAUGGAAUAUGUGCUGUGUGCAGUUACAGAAGAAAAUGAGAGCAAAUGUUAAUUAAUUUGAUUUAGUAUGUCUCUAACAAAAUGUGGAAACUGGAAAAUGUUAUCCCUUCAGCUACAAUAGUGUAUUACAAGACUUGAAAGGAAAAUGUACAUCUUUUAGCAUAAAAAACACAAAUAAUGCUGCCGUGCUAAUUAGUCACUCUUAAUUAUUUUAGUUUACAACUGAGUCAUCUAAGAGUGAAGUUUAGAACCUAUUCCAUUCAAUGUGAAAUCAGGAUGUAAUUGAACUCCAGACUUCAAUACGUCAUUUUUUUCUGAUUACCAGCAUCUGCAGUACUUCACAUUUAUUUUAUUGAAAGCUUUGACAAUUAUUUCAAUGUUCAAUCAGCAGAAAGCUAAUAUUUACUGUUGAAAUCUGCAGUGGUGAUCAUUUAAAAAAUAUGCCUAUCUUACUUUUAAUUUUAGAUGUGUGCCUUAUCAGGGUUGAAAAGCUAACAUUGGUUUGGGAUGAAAUUUGUUUUCUAUGAUCAGUACUGCAGCUUUUAACAUGACCUGGUAGUCAAACCUUUUGACAUAUAUUUCCCACUCCAUGCUGGUGGCCAAGUUAUUUUUUUCCCCUAAGUAUUUAAAUGUUUUCAUUUAAUGUAUCACUUUCACCUCCCCACAAAUAUAGUCAGUGCUAAUGCCCUUCCGCAGCAAUAUAUGAAGUUUUGAUGGCAAUGGAUAGAAAUGUUUUUUGGCUAACCUCAGAAUUUAGGACAAUGUUAUUCGGAGAUACUUUUUAAAGGAAAUAAAUAUUAGUGACUUAGUCAUGUUACAUUUUUGCUUGUAUUCAGCAUGUUACUGUUAGAUUUGUUUCUUUUCAAAAUAUACUGAAUCUGUGCAAGAAUUUCCAUCUAAAUAAAUGCCUUUGUCCUAAAUUUUC